GGGGGCGAGAAGAUUUAGACGUGUGUAAAUUAGAAGAUAUCUGGAAGAAGUUGUUUUCCCAAUUCUUAAAAUGCCAUUUGCUGAUCGGUAGAGGGAGCAACUGAGGUGAGUCCAAUCCUCGAAUUCUCCUCCAUUUCUUCACCCAAUUUUGCCUAUCAUUGGCUGUAUUUUGACACCCGAUGAAUCUUCAAAACUGCACAAUUGGAAGGAUGUGGAGGUGAUGCCUAGCUUUCUGAAUAGGAGUGUUUUUUCAUUUUGAUUUUGUGUUGGAGAAGCGUGCGGUCUCAGUUCGAAUCUCAGCCAGAUACUCAAGUAGACAGAGAGAGAGGGAGAAAAAAAGGAAAAGCGGUGAAACAGCAAGCAGUUUACGAUGCAGGCUCAGCCUACGAAAUUCGGCACCGAAAGCAGUGCAUCGGAUGAGCAACACCAACAACCAUUGCAGCAGCAGCAGCAGCAACAGCAAGGUUCAUCAACUAUUAUAUCACCAACACCUGCAGAUUUUGUAAUGCGGCAAAGUCAUCUUGAACUAGUACAUUCUGGAAGCGAUCCUUUAUGGCAGGCUCGAGCUGCAUUUCCAUAUCCAGAUUCCUACUAUGCAAGCUACAUUGCUGCAUAUGGUCCACGAAUGAUUCCUGCUCCUAUGCUUGGGGUGCAACAAGCUGGUCUUCCAUUACCUCUAUCAGAUACAGUUGAGGAGCCUGUCUAUGUAAAUGCAAAGCAAUAUCAUGGAAUUUUGCGACGGCGACAAUCUCGGGCAAAAGCAGAGUUGGAGAAUAAGCUGAUUAAAAGCAGAAAGCCAUAUCUUCAUGAGUCACGACAUCUCCAUGCUCUCCGACGAGCAAGGGGGUGUGGUGGUCGAUUUCUGAACACUAAAAAGGAUGCAAACCAUCAGGAUUCUGCUUCAGGAGAUAAGGAUUCUCAUGAUUCUUCUGGCCAAGAUAAUAAUGUAGACACUCCCCAGUCAAGAAAGGAUGGUUCUUUUCAGGAGUUUAGCAGGACUCAACAAACUAGUGAUGUAGCACAUAGGGGUGACAAGACAACCAUUACUCUUUCUGCAGCAGUCCCUUCUGAUCAAGUUGGUGCAGGUCAAAGUGUCACAUAUUACAAUUAUCUGAAGCAAGGAUUCCGUCCAUCUGCAUUUCACCCUCUUUCAGUUGGCAAUGCAGAAAAUGGACAAGUUGGAAGCAUGGUUUCUAAUGGAGGCCAUCAUACAGCAGUAGCAACCCAAUGAAGUCAUUUUGAGUUAGGGCACUGCACGCUAGUCCCUGUCAAUCUGCACAGUCCAUUGAGAGCCUGAAGAUAGCUGUUUCAAUAUGUUCUAAAACCUGAGCUUCUAGUUGGUGUUGAUCUUUGUAAAAAGCAGUAGUUUAAGAUCUUCCUAAGAACAUUUUGUGUGUGACAUUAAGUUCUCACCAUUUCUUGAAGAUAGGGUUCCUUAACAGGAAAUGCUUCAAGUAGUGGAAAGGGUUCUUAACAUACAUAUUUUCCUCUUUAGAAGCCGAUCUAUUCGUAAGGCUUUGAUGUUUGAACAUAGCUAAUUUCUGUCGGGCAUGGGACAUUAGAAUAACUGUGCUGUUUAUGUGGUGUAAGACAGGGCAACUCUGUCCACCUGCACUGGAAACAGACAGAAGGCAAAUCAUUCUUGGCUAAUGAGUGUGUUAUGGGUUAAGCACUGUUUAUCUGCAUGUGAUGGCUUUUCAAAAUUUGAACAAUGCAUUGCUAAGUCCUACCCAAAAAUAUAAUGCUCUUCUAGUUUCAUA